CCCAUCGGUCAACUCUUCAUCCCCAAAUCCCUUCUUCACAGAAAACCCAAAUUCAAACAUAUAGCAAUGCCUCCUUCUCUCUCUCUCUCUCUCUCGGCGGCGAUCCAGCCGCCUCCGCCUCUUCCUCGCGGCCUCUCUAGCGAAUCGCCGCUCCUCUGCGUCACCGGAGCGUCGCCGGCUCUGCCUCCUCUUCGAUCCCUCCUAAGUCAAAAUCCCUAAGUUGAAGGGCAGCAGCCGCGUCUUUCUUCUCCGGCGAAAACUGCCGCUAUCUCAACGGUUUUCAGAGUUCCACUGGCGUGCUGGCUCUUCGCGCCGUGAGCAGUAGCUCCUCCCGCCGCUGUCCCUCGUCGUACGCCGCUGCUCUGCACCGAGCUCUCCUUCCGGCAAGCAGCGCUCUCCACGGCUCUCUCUCGAUCUUUCCUCGACGGCGUCGACACCAGCCGCCGUCUCAUUCUGCUGUUCCGGCAGCGCCUCCGUUCCUGCCAGGUCUCCCGGAGCUCGUUGCUGCCCGUACGUCGCCGAUCAGCUCCGCCUAACCAAAGCUAAGCCCUUCUCCCCUAACCCCUUUUCUUGUUCUGUUAAGUAUUUACAUUCCUUGGGGCAGUGGCUAUGAGAAGAUUCUUCUUGACUAUUGGUGUUGUUUAAGCUUUGAUAUUGUGGGGAUUGAUUAUUGUAUCUAUUCAUUAGAAUUCAUGGUAGAAGCAAUUUAUUGUGGUUCUGGGCAAAAAUUAUGCUAAGUCUUGUGGUAAAUCCUAUGAUUCAAUGUCCUUGCAUACUCAUCCUACUUACUGAUCUUAGAAUGGCACUUACUUUACUAAGUCCUUGGACUAUUCUGUGGCUGGUCUACAUGAUGGAAUGGAGAGGGUGUUGAGGGGAUUACCUAGCCUUGAUGAUUCCUCUCAGAUGGGGACCGAUGUCCUGCCUCAAAACUCCUCCUCGCUCCUCCUCCACUCCUUCCUUGCUAUGCUCCUUGAGUUAUUUGGUGAAAUUUAUGGUGUAGAAAAUGAGGGGAGGAGAAAGGGAGAUGAGGCUGCUUAUAUAGGCCUCUCGUGUUGGAAACUUGGGGACAAAGACUCCCAUAUUUGGCUGCCAGCUCCAUCUCUUUCUUGGCAUCAUAUUUCUUUACUUAAUUGAGCAAGUCUUGGGGGCAAAGACUCCUAUUUUUGGGGCUUCCAGCUUAUCUCUUUUCAGCCUUGAUACAUGGCUGUCAUUUCGAUUCUUGUGGGGUUUAAAUCGAGAAGAAAGAGAAGAGAGGAGGGAUGAUAUAUCUUACUACUAAUUCUAGCUAUUAAUCAAGUCUUAGAGCUUCAAAACUUUAGAGUAGUAAGCUGUAGCUUCAAAUUCUUGUAAUAAGGAAGGCCCACAGUAAAAUCAUACUUUACACAUGGACAUUUUCACAUAAUAUGAAUCUUUUUUCGUUUUUCCUCUUCCAAUAAUUGUAGUUUACAAACUUAAAUUUCCUUGCAUCUUAAUUUCAAUCGUCUUUUCGUCCAUAUUUUUUUUAUAUUCUAAAACUAGCGCACGAAAACUCGGGGUGUUACAAAACCAAUUCGGCCGCCAGAACGUCGAUGACAGAGUUUUAUAUGGUGUGAUGCGCAAGGCGCGGAAGAAGGCUACACUUGGGAUUCUGGACAACCUACCAAUGCCACCUGAUAGCUACCCACUCAGCUAGGAAUUUGUCCAUCUGCCACAUACCAGAAGCCUUCGUGCGUAACAACAUCAUUGUGACUGAAGCAGAUGACCUAUCCCCAAUGUACAUGGUCGACUCUCCUGUCUUAUUUGAUGUCCCUUUUUUCGUCCGCACCAACAUCGUGUACUAUCGGGAAGGAGUCCCUCAAUUCUACCCAAUGGGAGAAGUCCCUGGUGGGAGGGCACAACAAGGCCAAGAGGGGCAAGUUGGGCAGAACGAACAAGCACAAGGACAGAGGCAAGCCAAUCUGGAGAGGGUAGUAGCUGAGUUAGCAGAGGAGAACAGGCAAUCGCGGGCAGAAAUGGCAAGACGGACAAACUUGAUGGAAAGUGUGCUCAAGGAGCUAGCAAGAGGAAGGGAGAGUAUCGAAGCUAGACCGAGUGGCCAUGGAGGCCAGGAUAGUGAACCCACUGAACCAGAGAAGGCGGAAAGUGAUGGACCGGAGGAGUCAGAAGGAAACCAAACAGAACCUGCUGAGGAGGAACCCGAGGAAUCACCUGCACAGAGCCCUGCCCCAAGAAGGAGCAGGAGGAACGUUCGACAAGGCACCCCGCCAAGCAGUUAGUUUACUUUUUAAAUUUCCAGUUAGUUUUUUCUUUCUUUCUUUUGUUUUUGCUUUAUUUUUGUGUUUGUCGUAGGUAGACUUAUAUAUGUGUAGUUUAUGUGUGCAGACCUUGUUCACAACAUUUAGCAUUUUGAAGA